GAUAGGAGGUGAGACCAGGAGGCAGAGCUCCCCUUUUCCCAUAGCGGGGACUGCAUGCCGUCUUUGUGGCCAGCUAACCUCUUAUUUGGUCAAUCGGCAAGCCUGGCCGUCAGUCGGCAGGGAUGGGUGAUCCAGCUACCCUGGUCGAGUCUGCCACCCCUACCAUCGUCACGGCAAUCCCUACGGUGAUAGCUGGGGAAAUGCAAGAUGGUACGAAGACCCAAUCCGCCAACAAGAAUGGGAAGAAGUCAGACUCUGGGUCCAGCAGCAGCAGCUUCUUCACCUGGUUCAUUGUCCUGGCCCUGCUGGGUGUCUGGACAUCUGUAGCCGUGGUCUACUUUGACCUGGUCGACUAUCAGGGAGUCCUCGACAAGGCUAAGGGCUUACAAAUUAACCUGUCUGAGGCCUUGCAAGGUAAACUGGUGGCAUACGAUACAGAUGGCGAUGGUGAUUUUGAUGUCGAGGAUGCUAAAGUACUCCUAGGACUGAAAGAGAAGGCUGUUGUCGUCGCUGCCCGUCGGGAAGAAGCCGGCACCCCAGUGGAGACCCCUGAACCUGAACCAACACUAGAAGCUAUUAUUGAGCCUGAACCUGUGCCUGUUGAAGAUGUGAUUGAAGCUGCUGUAGCAGAGGACACUUCUGCACCACCACCAGAGCCUGAGCCUGAACCUGUGGCUGAACCUGAACCUGAACCUGAGCCAGAGCCUGUGGAGACUCCUGAGGUGAUUGAGGAGGAUCCAGAGGUGCUGGAGGAGGAGGAUCCAGAGGUGCUGGAGGAGGAGGCUCCUGCUGUGGAGGAGGAGGAGGAGGAGGAAGCCCCUGUAGAGGAGGCUGCUCCAGUUGAGGAGGAGACAGCAGCUGGAGAGGUUGCAGAGGAGAUGAUGGCAGACCAGCCUGAAGAGGUCACAGAGGAGGAACUGGAAACAGAGGAGGCUGUGGAGGAGGCCGAGGAGGUGGCCGAUGAUGUAGAGAGUGCAGUGGCAGAAGAAGCUGUCGAGGAGGCUGCUCUUGCAGAAGAAGCUGUUGAAGAGCCUGCUGAAGAGGAGGCAGCACCUUCAGAAGCAGCUGUCGAGGAUGUAGCGGAAGAGGAGGAGGCAGCUCCUUCAGAGGAACUUGCUGAGGAGCCUGCCGAAGAGGAGGCAGCACACGCUGAAGAAGCUGAAGAGGAGGCGGCACCCGCUGAAGAAGCUGAAGAGGAGGCGGCACCCGCUGAAGAAGCUGAAGAGGAGGCGGCACCCGCUGAAGAAGCUGAAGAGGAGGCGGCACCCGCUGAAGAAGCUGAAGAGGAGGCGGCACCCGCUGAAGAGGAGACAGCACCUGCAGAAGAAGCUGAAGAGGAGGCAGCACCUCUAGAGGCAGCUGUGGAGGAGGUAGCUGAAUUAGAGGCAGCUGUGGAGGAGGUAGCUGAAGUAGAGGCAGCUGUGGAGGAGGUAGCUGAAGUAGAGGCAGCUGUGGAGGAGGUAGCUGAAGUAGAGGCAGCUGUGGAGGAGGUAGCUGAAGUAGAGGCAGCGGUGGAGGAGGUAGCUGAAGAAGAGUCAGCUCCUGCUGAGGAGCCUGCUGCAGAGGAGGCAUCUCCAGCAGAGGAAGCUGUUGAGGAUGCAGUAGCAGAAGCGGAGCCAGCACCUUCAGAAGAAGCUGAGGAGGAGGAGGCGGCAGUACCUUCAGACGAGCCAGCUGAUGAAGAGGAGGAUGCUCCUUUAGAAGAGGCUGCUGAGGAGCCCGCUGAAGAGGAGGCAGCUCCCUCAGAAGAGGCAGAGGAGGAGGAGGCAGCAGCAGACACAGAGGCAACUCCAGAAGAAGUAGAGGAGCAGCAAACAGUACCAGUCACAGAGACAGAAGAAGAAGUAGCAGCAUACGAGGCAGAGGAGGCAGCAGAAGAAGAAGCAGAGUUUGCCGAGAUAGAGGAACAGAUUCAGGAUGAGCCCACAGAAACGUAGAGGCUGCCGUGGUCGUCGCUGUGACGGAGCAGGGACCCACUGAUGUUGCAUCAGCACCAUCUGAGUGCGCUCAGAGCGAUGAUGCACCUCUCCACCUCCAGAGAAAGUCGCUAUGACAACACUCGCCUCCCCCCCCUCCCCAUCUGUCUCUCCCUCCUUUGAGUUUCCCUUCUGGUAUAAAUGUGUGAGAUGAUGGAUGAAUUGUUUACUAAUACGGUACUCCUGUUUUUACCCCUCAUGUCUUCACCUUUCUUUUUUCUUUAAAAUAGAGCAUCCGUUUUCAUGUUUGUUCAGGGCGGUUUUGUGUGACUGGCCUGAUGCUCAGGUCAUGUGAAGUCUAUGUGCUCUACUAGCCGCCAGUCUGUAUCUGCAAGAGCUGUAACAAUAAACCAGACUAGAACUUUAUUUUGAAGUGUCUUAGUUUGGCUUCCUGGAACUAAAUUCUGUUGCCAAGUAAACUGAAGCCAUAACUGAGCCCUUAUUUGGCAGUUUCAGAUCAGUCUCACAGUUAAGACUCUGGUCUAGACAGUGAGCUCUUUUUGACUUUGUCGGUUCAGGAGCUUCAGAUUCUAACGAAAGUCUUUCUCUGAACACUGCAGAGAGUCUCCAGUCUGAGCUGGAGUUUCCCCCAUUCCUCCUGCUGAGAGAAAUCAGCUCGAUGGAGGUAACAAAUGUAUCUUUGAAAUGUAGUAAUCAAACUAAAAGUGUCAUGUUCCGUUUUCAGUUCUGGUCAGUGUUGUAGACUCUAUGCAAAGCUGUCGGGAUGUCCGUCACCCACCUCCCUCCACCCUCCCUCACCCCCCCUCCUCACCUAGCCAUUUUAUUUACCACUCAGUAUGUGUUGACUCCAGGAUGAGCCAUAUGCUAGCAUGUGAAUUCAGAGACAGAGUGUGUGUGCGUGUGCGUGCGUGCGUGUGCGUGUGUGUGCGUGUGUGUGCGUGUGCGUGCGUGUGUGUGUGUGUCCCCCAUGUCCCCCAUGAUGAGCGUGUUUUUUGUGUGUUGACAGAUCUUAAUCUCUAAUCCUUUCUGUGAGCCGUAGCUAUCAGGAUAUAGUAUGUGAGACGUUGGUUUCCUUCUGAUUUGUUCUCUAACUACCUUUACCUCUGUGUGUUUGUGUUCUGUAGAUGCCUAGCUGUUCUUUUCCAUAUUUUCAGAUUACCAAGACCAUCUUAACUAGACUAUCAGAUACUUUUGAACUGAAGUUGUGACUUCACUUCAGCUCCGUAAAUUUAAACUGUGAUGUAAAUCAGGACACCAUGGACAGUGCAAAGUUGUCCCGCUGUGGUGUAAAGAUUGUUUUGUUUUUUUCCCCCGAACAUACCAGCUAUACAUGGAUCCAGCCUAGUGGGCUGAUUCAGGCAGGACAGUUCGCGCUGAAGCCUUUUAACCCUGUGUGAUCCAGAUUCUGCCCUCUCUGGCUCACAGAGGGUUAAAUAGAUCAGGCAUCAUACUCCUGUGGAGGUCAGCCAUGACUCACUGACCGACACCCGUUAAAGUGGCGAAACUUUGCUGUGUGUUUAAUUUACUUUAAAGGGAAAUUCUGUGAUAUUUCUUUAGUCACUGUUCCCUUUUCCUUUUGACACUAGGUGUUUUUUAAUUGAUCGGUGGUAGGAGGGCUCCUGCAGGCCCAAAAGAUCGAACAUCUUACACAUCAUUCCAUUCCAGGCUCAAAUUGUGGAAUAAAGAACGCCAAAUGAGAGCGUUUUGUAUCUUAUUUUGAAGGUGAUGGCCAGGUCUGUGUCCCUGUUGUAUUAUGAGAUAUAACUGUGACACUAAGAUAGCUUCGGGUGCAGCACUGUGGAUAACACAUUUCUGUUGUGAUACUGACAAUAAACAAUAAGUAGAUCUGAUGUCGUAGGAUUAAUUACACUACUAUAAGUCAAAGAAGUAAAACAUUCCUGUUUUUUUAAUAUCCUUUGGUGUCACAGUCCCACUGUGUGUCCUCACAUACUGUAACUACCAGAUUGUCUUUAGGGAUGCAACACAUUCCAGUGGUGUGCAGUAGUCCUUUUUGUAGGAUGUCUUGUGUUUUCUUUUCUGUAACACUAGCUGUUUUUUUUCUACUUCCGAACACUUUGUAAGUCAAUGUGAACUGAAAAACCUUUUUAACAUUGAAGAUUACAGUCUUUACAGAGAGAGCUUCUAGAUUUUUAAAAGGAACAUUUUUUUAAAAGGACUUGGAGAAAUAAAAUAAAAAACAAACGAAUUUUCUGAAAAUGCUUUGAAAGCUUUUUACAAAGCCAUAAGCUGUUUGUGACAUGCAGGUUUAAGGGGCUGCACUACUUCAGGACACACUUAUUCUCUAAAAAUACAAAAGGAAGAGCAAUACAAUUUAAACUGCAGACCACUGCAGUACCUGGUGAAACAGAUUUUUAUGUUUUUCAUCACUAAUCUUUGAUUAGAAGUCAUGUACAUGCUGGAACGGAUUGUGAUGUUGGACAGACAAAGGAGGAUGCAGUUGUUAACUUACAGUGUGGGGGAAUAAAGUUGUUGGUUAAAAACUGCCUCAGUGUUGUCUGCAGAUGGAUUCUGUCCUGUAGACGACGUGAUUAAGUUAUUGUGAAGCAAAGAUGAAUUGUGAAAGGGAGAUUGAAGUGUCACGGUUUUCUGUAAAUGAUCUGUUGCUGCAAUAAAAGGAUUGGGACAACA